AUGGCUUCUGUAAUUGAGCAAUGUCAAGUUGCACCACCUCCUUGUGGUGUUGCUGAACUGACACUCCCUCUUACCUAUUUUGAUCAUACAUGGUUAGCUUUCCACCGUACACGACAGAUACUAUUCUACAAGCUCCCUAUUUCCAAACCCAAUUUCAUCCAAAACAUUAUUCCUCCUCUUAAAGAUUCACUCUCCCUCACUCUCAAACACUAUAUACCGUUAGCUGGCAAUGUUGCUUGUCCACUAAAUUCGAAUGGAUAUCCCGAGUUACGUUAUGUGACAGGAGAUUCUGUGUCAGUUACUUUUUCUGAGACUGAUAUGGAUUUUAAUUAUCUCAUUGGUGACUAUCCUCGUAAUGCUAAGGAUUUUUAUCACUUUGUUCCUCCGUUGGCGGAACCAAAGGAUGCACCAGGGGUCCAAUUAGCCCCGGUCUUAGCUAUUCAAGUGACACUUUUUCCGAAUCUUGGUGUAUCCAUUGGUUUCACUCACCAUCACGUUGCUGGCGAUGGAGUUACUCUACUAGGGUUCAUUAAGGCGUGGGCUAUGCUUCACAAGUUUGGUGGAAAUGAACAACACUUAUCGAAAGAGUUCAUUCCAUUUUAUGAUAGAUCUGUACUCAAAGACCCAUAUAAACAAGGGAUGUACAUAUGGGAAGAGAUAAAGCAACGAAAUAUAGAGAUGCGCGACAUUGUGACACCUCCUGAACACAAGGUUCGAGGUACAUUUACUAUCAAACGAGAUGAUAUUGAGAAACUCAAGAAUUUAAUAUUAUCAAGACGACAAAGUACUCUAACUCAUGUAACAUCUUUCACCUUAACGUGUGCUUAUGUAUGGACUUGCUUGCUAAAAGUGGAGGGUGCGAUUGGAGAAGAGAUCAUAGACGAUAAUGUAUUGAAGUUCUUCGUAUGUGCAGGAGAUUCCAGAGCGCGAUUCAAUCCGCCACUUCCUCAAUCUUAUUUCGGGAAUUGCCUAGUUGGGUAUGUUGCAAGAACAACACAUGCUGACUUAGUUGGAAAGGAAGGCUUUACAAUUGCUGUAGAAUUAAUUGGAAAAUCUAUCAAGAAAUGGAUGAAGGACGAUGACGAAUGGAUCAUGAAUAGUAGCUGGCGUAUGCAAUUUAGCGACGUAGAUUGGAAAAGAACGAUUUCAGUUGCUGGAUCGCCAAAGCUUGACUUUUAUGCUACUGAUUUUGGAUGGGGAAGGGCCGCGAAGUAUGAGUUAGUUUCUCUUGACAAUGGUGAUGCAAUAUCGAUGUAUCUUAGUAAAUCUAAGGACUUUGAUGGAGAUUUAGAGGUUGGCUUGUCUUUGUCUAAAACUCAAAUGAAUGCAUUUGCUGCUAUAUUCACUCACGGACUAGGUUUUCUAUAGCAAGCAUCGAGCUGAGGGACGGAGAUUUGACAAGGACCCCUACAUUUUUAUUAAUUACCAAAUAAAAUAGACACAGAAUCUAACUUUUUGUGUCCUUGCCUAAGUACUUCAAAUUAUAGAUGUAAUAAGACUAGUCCAAAUAAGAAUCCUUUUUCAUUUGCUUGAUCAGAGUGAGUUUUUUUUUCUUGUUGCAUGAUCAGAGGUGGAUUUAUGCACCUUAAUGUUGUU